UGGGAGCUGUGGAGCCUAGGUUUUCCUUCCAAUCCGCCGCCGCUCACCACUCGACCGAGCGGGGCACCCACCUCCGGAACCAGAUCCCUCCUCUCGCUCCGAGCUCUCUCGCGGUCUCGCCACUGUGCCGGCCGGAUCUGAAAUGUCCUCGAGUGAAGGAUCUAAGUGGGUUUCGCGAUGUGUCUUUGGCUCCCCUCCGAAUCUUUCUGAGCUAGAUGAGUUGGCGGUUCUUUAUCAUGAACAAGCUGCAAGGAACACUAGAGACUACGUUAGAAGCUGGAUCUGCCCCGACUGUAGGAAGGAGUACAAGCCUAUUCAAAACAUGCUUGUUGAUUUGCCGCCUUUCAGCUGUGAUGACUGUGGGUUGAAGAAUGAUGCUGCUUAUGAGUGGAGAAUUACCCAAUGCCUGAUCAAUGGAGUUUCGUUGGACUUCAAGGUUUAUGACCAAAAUCGUAAACCACACUGUACCCUAUAUUCAGUUGCUGCCACAAUUGACGCCACUCGUAGGGUAGAAGGGGCCAAGAAAGGAUUGAUAAUCUCCACUCCACUUGACGUACCAGAGAUGGCUAAAACAUAUGAGCAAGUCACUGGUUUUGAGCUUGGGAAAGAACCCCCGGAGGAGUUGUUUGAGACGUACGACAACUGCUCUCUCAUUAUGGAAGUUGUUAAAGCUCAUGGGAUUUCUUUUCUCCUUGGAGAAUAUGAUACCUUGCUUCAAAAUAAGUGUGUUGAUUUACCUCCAAUCCCACGUCUUAGGAUCAAGAGUUACUUUCGUGUUGACCGUAACAAUGUUCUUCUUAUUACUCGAUUGUUGGCGAGUGGGUAUCCCUUGACAGCUGGAAUGCUUCAUGGCACCUUAUAUUGGUAUCUUAAAGGUGACCAAUACUAUUAUGCUCCUAAAUGUGCAACUACUGCUGAUGCUCACGCGAUUACAUUGAUUGGAUCUGGGUUGGCUUCUAAGAACAAUAUGCCUGAGACGUUCUAUUCAGCCAGAGAUUCACAUGGGACUAAAUCCCAUCCUGACCAUAAGAUGCGUGACUUCGGUGCAGACUUUUUUCUUUGGGCAUGUGAUAUUACUGAUGUUUGGGGUCUUACUCUGGCAUGAGUAGCUUAAGCUUUGGUGGAGACUUAUUUCUGGCAUGAGUAGCUUAGUCUUUGGUGGGGACUUAUUUCUAUGGGCAUGGUGUUACUGAUGUUUUGGUGUCUUAACUCUGGCAUGACUUAGUUGUUAGGAGCAUGUGGCUCAGAUGUAAUUUGUUGUUGGGAGCAUGUAAGAAACUAGUAGUAACUAAUUAUAUAUGGUAUUCUAAUCA